AAGAGAGAGAAAGAGCAAAGAUAAAACUAUAUAGAUGCUGAAAAGAAUAGAUCUGUAAUAAUACAUGGAGCGUAUAUUUUUCCGAUUGACAAUCGCGAUUUCCAUUUAUGAGAUAAGUAUCAAGUAAAUGUUCGUGAUGUUACAGAACGUUACGUGCUUGCGUAUAGUUUCAUGUAAUAAAUGAGAUUACGGGAUGAUGCGAAGGUAUAAGCGGGGAGCAGACUCUUGCAUUACGCAUAACAUAGAAGACUUAAGAAAUUCAACCAAUCAGAGUUCUUUAUUUCAUAAAAAGGAAACUAAGGAUUUUGAUUGGUAUAUUUUCGUAUACAUUAUGUUGCGCGUUAUGCAAGAGUCUGUGCUCCCCGCUAUAAAAUAUUGGAAAUCUCACGUUGUUAUCUCAGUAUGAAGUAUACAUUUUACUGUUGAAGACGCGUAGAUAUGAAAAGUCAAUCAGAAGCCUUAUUAGACUAGAUUGCUAACUAUAACUGCCACAAAGAUGGAGAUGAAGAUCUUGCAACUGCAUGAGCUAAUGCACGUACUGGCCUGGUUGGAGGGCACGUGGAUAACGGAUGAGCCCGCAGUGGGCACGUAUCCGACCAUCAAGCCCUUCAAUUACUACGAUGAGAUAAACAUUACGUCCACAGGUCAGCCGAUAUUCAAUUAUAUCGCACAGAGCUGGCAUCCGGAUUCAGGGACACCGAUGCAUCGAGAGACCGGCUUUCUGCAGAUCUUACCAGGAAUUAACAAGAUCGUACUUAGUCUAAUUGGUAACAUAGGAGUGUUUACAGUCGAAGAGGGUGAUCUGAUGAGCAAAGAUAACAAUACCAUCGACUUAAACAGCAACAAUAUACUAGCGACAGAUGCAUCGAUACCAUCUUUCUCGCCUUUAACAAAGACACGUCGAGUGUACAAACGCAACGGCGACAACUUAGAGCUUAUUUUCUACAUGGCGACAUCGAAAACACCUGAGUUGACGGAACAUUUGAAUGCAAAAUAUAGAAAGGUGGCAUAAAGAUAAAGAGGUGGUGAAAGAUAUGUGUGUGUUAGAAGACACAAAAGUGAAAAAAAUCUUUCAGUUUCUAUGAAUUAUCAUUCUUUAUUCGUUUUAUAUUUAUAUAAAAACAAUAUAUAUAUUCUUGAAAACAUAAAUGUAUUCUUUGAUACAGUUAAUAAACAGCAUGUAUUCAUAAUUUA